AUGGCGGCGGUUUACAAGUCAUUGUCAAAAACGGAUGCGCAAAAGCCCGAUGAGGCGAGUAAUGGCGUUAAGAAGAAUAAGCAACGGGUCCUCAUUCUAUCUUCCCGUGGUGUCACCUACAGACACCGACACCUGCUCAAUGAUAUCGCCUCUAUGCUACCACACGGUCGUAAGGAUGUGAAGUUUGAUUCGAAAUCCAAGCUUAACGAACUCAACGAACUUGCCGAGCUCUACAACUGCAAUAAUGUGCUUUUCUUUGAAGCUAGAAAAGGGAAAGAUCUCUAUGUUUGGCUGAGCAAAGUUCCAAAUGGUCCAACCAUCAAAAUGCACCUCCAGAACUUACACACCAUGGAGGAGUUGCAUUUCACUGGGAACUGCUUAAAGGGGUCACGGCCCAUUCUGUCAUUCGACGCUCCCUUCGAUACCCAGCCACACCUGCGAGUCAUUAAGGAAUUGUUCCUUCACACCUUUGGUGUUCCUCAAGGGGCACGGAAAUCCAAGCCUUUUGUGGAUCAUGUGAUGGGUUUCAGUUUCGUAGAUGGCAAAAUUUGGGUGCGAAACUAUCAGAUCAGCGAGGAAGAAGCGCCUGAGGCCCAAUCAGGUGCUGACGACAAAGGCAAGAAACCAAAGGGGGGAGUGUCAGGCAGGGCGGGAAACACUGAAAUCAAACUUGUGGAAAUCGGCCCACGAUUUGUGCUCACACCCAUUGUUAUUCAAGAGGGAUCUUUUGGCGGACCCAUCAUUUACGAAAACAGAGAGUUCAUUUCGCCUAAUCAACUGCGUUCCGAUCUUCGCAAGGCAAAGGCUUCUAGGCAUAAUGCAAGAGUAGACCAGUAUGCAGAGAGGCUGUCAAGAAAAGGGGAGCUGGGCCUGCGAUCCAGUGGCGGCCAGAGGCAAGCUAAGGAUGGACUUGACAACAAGUCUCUGUUUGCAUAG